UUUCAUGCUACAUCCGAAAUUUACUGCUGUCCACAUUCAGUUUUUUCAUUUCCUCCUCUGAUUUAUUUUCUCUCUCUUUUUCUCAUUUCUUAAUAGGAGGAGAAAAGGAGAAAAUUAGAGAGAACAGAGAUAAGAAGGGAACUUUGGCAGAGGAAAUCCUUGCGGACGACCGGAUCUUUGUUCCCUUUUUUUCUCUAUUUCUCUUGCUCAUUCUGCCCAGGGUUCGGUCAUCGGCUGCCAUGGCCAGUUUUGGAGGAUCCACACAGAAGUGCAGGGCAUGCGAAAAAACGGUUUAUCUUGUUGAGAAGCUAGUUGCAGAUGGUCGUAUAUAUCACAAGGCCUGUUUUCGAUGCCACCAUUGCCAGAAUACCCUCAAGCUAAGCAACUACUGUUCUAUCGAUGGGGUGCUCUAUUGCAGACCACACUAUGAUCAACUCUACAAGAGAACCGGAAGCCUGGACAAAAGCUUUGAAGGAACGCCCAAAAUUCAGAAACCAGAAAGACCAGCUGAGAAUGAGAACGCCAAAACACUUGCAAAAGCGUUUGGGGGGACAAAAGACAUAUGCAUGUGUUGCAAAAAGACAGUGUAUCCCACGGAGAAGGUUACCGUUAACGGGACUCCCUAUCACAAGGGCUGCUUCAAAUGUAUCUAUGGAGGUUGCACUAUAAGCUCAUCAAAUUUUGUUACACAUGAAACAAAGCUUUACUGCAAACAUCAUCACAUUCAACUUUUCAAAGAGAAAGGGAAUUACAGUCAACUUGAGACUACUGAUGUUUCUGCUUAAUGUCUGUGUAAAAAGACUGUUAAUAGUUUUGAAAAAUGUGUGCUACAAUUUCACUUAAAUGUUACUAUAGUUUUCUGCAUGUUAAAACAGCUGUGUUGGUGAGACAAGUACUAUAAGGUGAAAUUUGCUAUGUAUUCAUCAUAAAAGUUAGAAGGGCUCUUCUCUUGUAGUGAUGAUUAACACACAAUCAUGCAACAGAACCUUAGGCAAAUUCAUCAAAAUAAAAAUGCUAGCACAAAAUGAAACUUUCUAUAAAGGCAACGAACGAAACACAGGGAAAUUAUAAACAGAGCAAUCCUUUAAUAAGGCAGUAUGAUAUUUAGAAGCAGUAGUUCAUAACUUGAUAUUCAUAAAAACAAACAAUAAACAAGGAAAAGUAAAAGAAACUACAAGAACAAUAAUCAUCAUGUA